AUCAGAUCAUGCAGUGAUUGGGACAGCCUGGAACCAACACGAUCACUCACCAUGCAGCUGCCGCUCUCCGCUCUGCUCCUGUGCGCUCUGAUCAUCAUUCGGGCUGUCAGCGCACACCAGACUCCAGGCUCUGGGCGGUUGAGGCUGGCCGUUCUGAUGGAGGACAGAUUACAGAUGAAGUGGAAGGAGGUGGAGGGGACCAGCAACAUCUAUAAGGUGCUAGUAAAACCACUGACGGGAGAUCCAGAACAGGAGGUGAUGCUGAAAACAAAAACGGCCAAGGCCACAGUUGGAGGUCUGGACCCUGUGAAGGAAUACGUUCUGCAGAUACACGUCAUCCAAGGAGGACAGGACACCCUCAUAGCCAAGAAGAAGUUCAUAAUUGAAGAUUUGAAGGCCCAA